AUGACAAUACACAUCGUUGAGGUUUCACGAAUCACCCCCGCUCCCAACUCAGACUCCGUCCUAAACUCAUCCAACUUGUUAACAAUCCCGUUGACUUUCUUCGAUCUACCAUGGCUAGUGUUCAAGCCAGCCAAGCGAGUCUUCUUCUACAGACUUAUCGAGUCUACUCGUGAGCAAUUCCACUCCUUCAUCCUCCCUAAGCUCAAGCUCUCCCUUUCCCUCGUCCUCCGCGACUACCUCCCUCUCUGCGACCGCAUCACUUGGGAUCCAAACGAGCCCAAACCGAGUAUCGUCGUCUCUAAAAACGACGCCGUUUUGGUUUCCAUUGCCGAGAGUGACGCUGAUUUCUCUAUAUUUUCUGGCUAUGGGCAACGUCCAGCUUCAGAGAUACACAACUCACUGCCCGAGGUACCGGUUUCCGAUGACUCAGCGUCGGCCUUGUCUCUUCAAAUAACGUUGUUCCCGGGCCAAGGAUUCUCCAUUGGCGUCGCGGCACACCACGGCGUGUCAGACGGGAAAACGUCAACCAUGUUCAUCAAAGCUUGGGCUCACUAG